AUGGGGAAGUUAAAGGUAUUUGAAGUUCUCCUGACUGGCAACCAAGAAGUAUAUAAGCCGGGAGAUGUUGUACAGGGAGAAGCAAGGAUAGUUGUAUCAGAAGAAAAGGGAGAUAUUCGUGACAUUCGAGUCAAAUGCGUUGGUAAGUCGUUCACAUGGUGGUCAAAGCGCGAGUGGCUUGGAUGGGGCCUCGCAACAAGGGAGGUGACCUACUACACCAAACAUGAAUACUUCAGAGAGGAGAUCACGCUACAAGGUGCAGGAAAUGAUAACAGUGCUGCAAACCGAAUCACACUGACUGCUGGGGAGCAUCGAUUUCCCUUCCAGUUCGAGAUCCCAAAUACGACUCUGCCUCCGCCAUUUGAAGAUCCUUUUGGGCAUGUAAGGUACUACGUCAAGGGCACCAUAGGCCGACCGUGGAAAAUUGAUCAUCGCACUCAGAAGCUAUUCAGCAUCGUCACUGUAAAGGAUCUGAACUACGAGUUAAACGUAUUGACAAUACUGCGGAAGAGAUUCAUCGGCAAGAGGGGCUAUGUAAAAGUCUUUGGGAUUAAUGCUUUUGCUGUACCAUAUGAGUUCCUCUUAGUCACCAAGUUGAGAAGACAGUGUGUUGCCUCUGCUGUCCUUCAGGACCCGCCUUUUUCUGAAGGGACUCAUUGA